AUGGCCAAAAGAAUAUGCAAGAGAAACAUUUGUUUGCAGGCAAUAUCCCAAAACCUCGGGUCUGAAAAGGAAUCUCUUGUCUCACGUGGCCAAGAGGUGAAGCAAAUAGCUCAUGAUGAAAACUACACGAGGCACAGUCGUGAUAUGAGGGCUGCCUUAUUUCUACCCAAUCCCGAACUGUCCAUGAAUGUCACACAACCUGAAAUCAGCCAACCAGUUGUGCAGUUUCCAUAUGCUUACGCUGAUCCUUACUUUGGUGGACUAUACACUGCCUACGCACCUCAUAACAUGAUUCAAAUAUUAUCAUCUAUUUUAUUAUCCCUGAUAAUGCUCGACAAGAUUCAGCCGCAGGUGAUGGUGGCAGCUCCUGGGCGAAUUCCACUGCCUGCUGCUGAUAUUCCUGAGGAUGGUCCCAUUUACGUCAACGCCAAACAGUAUCACGGCAUACUUAGAAGGAGACAAAUACGUGCCAAGCUCGAGGCCCAGAAUAAACUCGUCAAAAAUAGGAAACCCUAUCUGCACGAGUCUCGCCACCAUCACGCAGUGAAUCGGAUUAGGGGGUCUGGCGGCCGCUUUCUCAGCAUCAAGAAGACUUGUGAGCCCACCACAGGCCCGGGGCCCGAUCUCCCAAGCCCGUUUAUUGGUGAAAAAACAAAUGUCUCAAAUUGCAACGGGCCUGACAGGUAUAGUGUGGGCCCCUCGACUGGUGAAGACGGUACAAAAAGAGUUGCGGCUGCUAAUGGCGGAGUUGCGUACGGAGGCAACCGCCACUAUUCAUCUGUCGGCUCCACCUGGCACGGCAAUUCAUCCUUGGCUACUUGAAUCUGAUUUUCUAGUUUUUUUUUUUUUUUUUUUU